GCCUCCCUGAGCCGUUGGCUGCCCUCAAGGCCUUUGCUUUCAGCCAAUAGUAAACGUGGCCGCAGGCUCUUCCGCCGGGGGAGGUCAAAGGUCGCCAAUAUGGCGGCGCCCAAGAACGGCUGAGGCGUGUUGCGGAGGAUGGCGCUGGCGGCGGGGGCUCGGCUGGGGCGCCGGCUGAGCGGGCCGGGGCCGUGGCGCGGACACUGGACGGCGGCCGGGCGCUCGCGGAGCCGGCGCGAGACGGCGGAGGCCGAGGCGGACGCGCCCGUGUUCCAGUACGUGGGCAAGCGCGCGACCCGCGCCGACCGCAUUUUCGUGUGGGGCUUCAGCUUCUCCGGGGCGCUGGGCGUGCCCACCUUCGUGCUGCCCGGCUCCGGACCCCAGCCCCGCGCCGGCUCGCGGCCGCGCCGCAGGAUCCAGGCCGUGCCCUACCGCCUGGAGCUGGACCAAAAGAUUUCAUCUGCUGCCUGUGGUUAUGGAUUCACAUUGCUGUCCUCUAAAACCAAGGAUGUUACGAAAGUUUGGGGUAUGGGACUCAACAAAGAUUCUCAGCUUGGAUUUCACAGGAGCCGGAAAGAUAAAAUGAGGGGAUAUGAGUAUGUUUUGGAGCCCUCACCCGUCCCACUGCCACUGGACAGACCUCAGGAGACGCAGGUGCUGCAAGUCUCCUGCGGCAGAGCCCACUCUCUUGUUCUGACAGACAGCGAAGGAGUCUUCAGCAUGGGGAACAAUUCUUACGGGCAGUGUGGAAGAAAAGUGGUCGAAAAUGAAGUUUACAGUGAAAGUCACAAAGUCCACAGGAUGCAGGACUUCGAUGGACAGGUGGUCCAGGUCGCCUGCGGUCAGGACCAUAGUCUGUUCCUGACGGAUAAAGGAGAAGUGUAUUCUUGUGGAUGGGGCGCGGAUGGGCAAACAGGUCUGGGUCACUACAAUAUCACCAGCGCACCCACCAAGCUGGCUGGAGACCUUGCCGGAGUGAACAUUGUCCAGGUGUCCACCUACGGGGACUGCUGCCUGGCUGUGUCGGUUGAUGGCGGCCUCUUUGGGUGGGGGAACUCCGAGUACCUGCAGCUGGCCUCUGUCACGGACUCCACACAGGUGAACGUCCCCCGGUGCUUGCCUUUCUCAGGAGUCGGGCGGGUGAAGCAGGCUGCGAGUGGGGGAACAGGCUGUGCUGUAUUAAACGGAGAAGGACAUGUUUUCGUCUGGGGCUGUGGAAUUCUUGGGAAAGGACCAAACCUCAUGGAAACUGCCCUUCCAGAAAUGAUUCCACCCACUCUCUUUGGCUUGACGGAGUUCAACCCAGGAGUCCAGGUUUCCCGCAUUCGCUGUGGACUCAGCCACUUCGCAGCCCUCACCAACAGAGGAGAGCUGUUUGUGUGGGGCAAGAACAUCCGAGGCUGCCUGGGAAUCGGUCGCCUGGAAGACCAAUAUUUCCCGUGGAGGGUGACGAUGCCUGGGGAGCCUGUGGAUGUGGCGUGCGGUGUGGACCACAUGGUGACCCUGGCCAGGUCCUUCAUCUGAACCUCCUCCCCGGCCCGCUCGAGCCAGGCCUUGGCCUCAGGACCGCUUGGACUGCGCAGCAGAGGCAGCCGCUGGGGCUCUGGAUGGGGCCCGAGAGGGUCGGGGCCCUCCGUGUGGUGUGCCGCGCUCCCCGGCAGCCCGGAGCGGUGUGACUGGAGGUUCUGGGACGGGGUCCCCCCUCCUGCCGAGGGUGAGACGUGCGAUGCCGCCGUUAUCAGCCGAGCCCCAGGGGUGUGUGGCCCCGGCAGGGCGAGGAUGAUCUGCUCAUCUCGGCUCCUUCUGGGGAACACACGAUGGCUUCUGGUGUCACGUCUGGUCUUUGGAAAGCUUAGCCCGUUCAGCCGUCUCUGCUUGCUGCUGGGACACCGACCGAAACCCCUUGCACUGGAGUUCUCCCUGGAAAUGCCAGUGGGCGGCAGCCCAGGACCCUGUGGGCCCACGGCUCUCAGCAGCCUUGUAACCAUUCUUACUGCCUGGCUUAGAAGACUUGAGGAGCCCCCUCGGGAGGAAGAGCGAGGCCAAAUUCUUGUGGGCCAAGGGCUCUGAACACAUCCUGCGAAAGCUUGGCUGGAGUACUAGCCUUGGAGAAGGAAAACUCAGAAACAGUGACAAACAUCUGCAUUAGUGUAACUUGCCUUUUCUUUAAAAACUUUAAAAAAUCUCUCUUGGAAUAAAGUCUAUUUUCUGCUUUUUCGUUUUUAAGAA